CCAAACGACCCCUAAAGGAACUUCAGAUUUUAUCCUGUGAGCAAAGUUAACUUGUUUACGGAUCUUUGUUUGGAGAAGUGGUUUUGGAAUUUUGGAGAGCACGUCGAUAAGAUACAAGAGAGAUUUAAUCGUCAUAAGCGUAAAAAAAAAAUUUUUAUAGAAACCUGGAUUCCAUUAACUUAGAGAAAGGUCAAGUCUGGCCCAUAGGACCUCGGCCCAAAUCGCCAACAAGAAGAGAUAACAAAGAGAGUGGCGGGUUAUCAACCCAAACAAAUUGAUUCUCCCAGCCCGAAACAGAAUGGGUCAACCAGUGAGCAGAGCCAUUAUUUUCCCUUGCCGUAAAAGACCACCUGACCGGAAUUCUAGAGAGUCCCUCGUUCCCCGAAGCAGCCUUCCAAAUCUCAUCGCACCAGAGAGUCAGAGACCCAGUUCGGUCAAAUCCUUCUCCUUGUUUUUUAGCAUGUCGAUGAGAACCUUGCAGUCUGAUUCAACAAUACGCAUUUUGAGUAAAUGAAUUUUUCUUACUAAAGUUUUUUAACGUAGAGAAAACAGAGUUAAGUGACCUCUUGGGAAGAUACGCACUUUAAAGCAAAAGCAUGCAGAACCAAAGCUGACAAAAUAUUGGUCAUAAAAGGGCUUGAAUGUUACAAGUGGUAUCACACUCUCUCUAGGUUAAAUAGUGAUUUGUUGUGGGGUGAAUCUCAACGAGGACAUUGAGCUUCAAAGGGGUUGUAUUAUAGCACCUUAGCAGAUGUCCAACGACAAAGCACGGGAGAGAUCUAAUCGAGUUCGAGGUUGCCACAUUUAUCAACGAGAUGAGUCGAGCAGAGUUCGAGCCGACUCAUUUAUUAAAACGUUGAAUCAUCAUUAAGAUCAGUAGUUCAACCCAAACUCAAUUCUAAGAUAAUUUAUGAAUUAAAUUCCCUAAUAUUUAUAUGGCAUAUAAGAUACAUGUGAUUAACUGAUCUCAUAUCAUAUAUGAGUGGAGGUAGCAAAUGGAUUGGUGGAUUGAAUUGGUAAAUCCAUGUAUCAAAUGGAUUGAUGGAUUCAUAGAUUGAUCCAUGGAUCCGAAUGGCAUCCAAUCAUUGGAUCAAUAUGAAAAUUUAAAAAGUUCAGGUACUAAAAUAUCAUAAUAAUAAAAUUUAUAUAGGUACCAAAACGUAAUUUUCAAAUGACAUUUUUCAUAUAAAAAUACAUUUUUGGUAUCAUAUUAUAAAAUUUAAGACUGUAAUUUGUCAACGAUCCAUGAAUCCAAUUCAUAAAUUCAACAAUCCAAUUAGAUUUAGAUCAGAUGAAUUGAAUUAAUUGAAUAUUUAAUUGUAUGGAUUUGAAUGGAUUGAUAAAUUGGAUUAAAAAUUCCCACCUACACAUAUUUGCUCAUUUCUCCCAUCUUGUUAUCUAAUUAGGAAUUGCAAACUGAGGACCAUUGUUGUCAUAUUUUUACAAUGAAUUAACAACUAUUUACAUGUAUUGAGGAUCACUAGCUUCAUUUUAUUUGAAUUGCCACCGUUGUUUGAUUUCAUUGAACUAUUUAGUUCUAUUUCAUUGAACUAUUUAUUUCCUUAUUUCAUAGUAUUCCUUUAGUGAAAAUUGUCCAUGUAUCAAAAGAAGCACCCCAAAUCAAAUAUUUUCACCUUAGCACCAUGUUGUGUUCUAUAUAAAUACUCAAUUACUCUACAAAAAAAAAAGUAAUAUUGUAUCGCAAAAGCUAAUAAACUCACAAUUGUAUUUCACUCUCUAGAGACAUCCACCUCCAUUUAACACGGAAUUCUUCUUCAGAAAAUAAUAGAGUGAUGCAUACUCUGAAACCCGCCUUAGAGCGCGGGCCAGUUGUCUAGUUACGAAUAAAGACGGGCUGCCAAAUUCUAUUAAAAUUUUUUGUUUUGAGUUAAAACUUAUGUUUGGCUGCCCAAACAUCUACACACUAAUUAAUGCAUCUUCUCCUAUAAACUUGUCUCCCUCCCAUUUUUUUUUUUCUUUUGUGUGAAUCCUUAUGUUUGGUUGCUCAAGCACUAUAUCACCUUUUGAAACUGAGUCUGAAAUUCAAUAUAUGAAUUUACGACCACAAAUUACUGUUCGUUAGGAAUAAAUAUGGAGGUGCCAAAUUCUGCCAAAUCUUUUAGUUUUGCGUUAAAACUUAUGUUUGGCUACCCAAACAUCCAUGUAGUAAUUAAUUUGUCUUCCCUUAUGAACUUUCAUCGCUGCAAUUCUUUGUUUUAGCACGAAUCUUUUUCUUUUAUCAUAGUUAUCCUCGAAUAGAAGCAGUAUAGAUACGAUAAUAAUAUAUAAGACCCAGUAAAGUCAGACUAGAAAA